AUGCCGGCCCGCUUCGAGGAGGUAACCGCUACUGACACCCGCCGCGGUGUCCCCCGGGACCUGGAUGGGGGGGGACACUAUGGUGUCGGUCGCCGGCCCACCAUUUUAGAUGACAUCUGCAUCACAGGCUUCUCGGGCCGACUGCCCGAGAGCUCUAACAUCGACGAGUUUAAGCGGAACCUGCUCGAGGGUGUGGAUAUGGUCACGGAUGAUGAUCGCCGUUGGCCUUCGGGGCUGUACGAUUUGCCUACACGUAUCGGGAAGAUCAAGGACGAAGAUCUGCAGCAUCUGGACGCGGAGUUCUUUAAAAUCCACCAGAAGCAGGCGGAAUGCAUGGACCCGCAGUUGCGAAUGUUGCUCGAGUGCACGCACGAGGCGAUUAUUGAUGCUGGCAUCAAUCCACAAGAAAUCCGCGGAAGUCGCACGGGCGUGUACAUCGGUUGCUCGAAUUCAGAAACCGAGCAGCACUGGUGUGCCGAUCCGGAUCUUGUCAAUGGAUACGGACUCACGGGAUGUGCCCGUGCCAUGUUCGCCAACCGCAUCUCCUACACGUUCGACUUCAAAGGACCCAGCUACGCGGUCGAUACGGCCUGUUCCAGCUCACUGUUUGCCUUGUCGCAGGCAUUUGCGGACAUGAAAGCGGGCCACUGCGAUGCCGCGAUUGUAGCCGGAUGUGGUCUUAUUCUUAAACCCACGAUGUCGCUGCAAUUCAAGCGAAUGAACAUGCUGAGCAAGGACGGCAUGUGUAAGGCGUUCGAUGAAUCGGGCAACGGAUACGUUCGGUCCGAUGGUUGCGUCGUGACAUUCCUGCAACGUGCAUCGGACUCCCGACGUAUCUACGCCAGCGUGCUAAAUGUCCGCACCAACACGGAUGGGUUCAAGGAGCAGGGUAUUACGUACCCGAUCGGUGAGAUGCAGAAGCGGUUGAUCCGGGAGACGUACGAAGAGAUCGAGCUGAAUCCAGCCGAUGUGGUGUACAUGGAGGCGCAUGGUACCGGCACGAAGGUGGGUGAUCCGCAGGAAGUCAACGCCAUCACAGACUUCUUCUGCAAGGAUCGCAAAACACCGCUACUGAUCGGUUCGGUGAAAUCAAAUAUGGGCCAUUCGGAACCCGCGUCGGGCGUUUGCUCGAUCGCGAAGGUCCUGAUCGCAAUGGAGGAGGGAGUGUUGCCGGGUAAUCUCCACUACAAAAGUCCCAACCCUGACCUGUAUGGGUUGAUGGAUGGCCGGCUCAAGGUUGUUGACCGCAACAUGCCCUGGAACGGUGGCAUUAUCGGUUUGAAUUCGUUCGGAUUCGGAGGCGCGAACGCACACGUUAUCCUUAAGUCGAACCCCAAACCGAAACCGAUCAGUCCGAAGGACGGUGGAUUUCCGAAGCUAAUGGUCGCUUCCGGACGCACUUCGGAAGCGGUGGAAGCCUUCCUGGACCAGGCAGCCGUCAGUAAAGAUGAUGAGGAAUUCGUGGGGUUGGUGAACGAAAUACACAGCCGUAACAUUCCGCUGCACAACAACCGCGGGUACACGGUCGUGGCGGGUGAUGGACAGGCUCAAACCGUCCGUGAGGUGCAGGAGCUGAGCGGAGACGAGAAGCGCCCGGUUUGGUUCAUCUACUCCGGUAUGGGCUCACAAUGGCCCAGUAUGGCAAAGGAUCUGAUGCAACUGGAGGUGUUCCACAACAGCAUCUACCGGUGUUCGGAAGCACUCCGUCCGGAAGGAAUCGAUCUGAUCGAUGUGCUGACGAACAGCGAUGAUUCGAAGUUCGACAACAUCCUGAACUCGUUCAUCUCGAUCGCGGCCGUUCAGGUGGCGCUCACGGAUGUUCUUACGCACGUUGGCAUCAUUCCCGACGGUAUGGUUGGCCACUCGGUGGGUGAGCUUGGUUGUGCGUACGCCGAUGGAUGUUUCACACCCGAGCAGACCGUUCUGGCGGCUUACUGGCGAGGUAGGAGCAUCCUUGACACGGAUCUGAUCGCGGGUCAAAUGGCUGCGGUGGGUUUGUCGUGGGAGGAGUGCAAGCAGAAGCUGCCUAAGGAUGUCAUUCCCGCUUGCCACAACAGUGCUGAUAGCGUGACGAUCUCCGGACCAGUCAGCUCCGUUGGAAAGGUGAUUGCUGAUCUGAACGCCCAGGGUAUCUUCGCUAAAGGCGUGAAGUCGUCCGGCAUUGCCUUCCACAGCCGGUAUAUUGCCGACGCGGCACCGAAACUGCGCAAGUCUCUGGACAAGAUUAUCCCCAACCCGAAGAACCGCACACCACGCUGGAUUAGUACCAGUAUCCCGGAGGAAUCGUGGCCAACGGCCCUGGCACAGCAGUCAUCAUCGGCGUACCACGUCAACAAUCUGCUGUCGCCGGUUUUGUUUUCUGAAGGUUUGAAGCACGUGCCAGCGAAUGCGAUCUGCAUCGAGAUUGCUCCGCAUGGGCUGUUGCAGGCCAUCCUGAAGCGUGCACUCGGAAAGGACACCAGCAACCUGAGCUUGAUGAAACGAGAUCACACCAACAAUAUGAUCUUCCUGCUCAGUAACCUUGGCAAAUUGUACGCAGCUGGCGCACAACCACAGAUUCAGAAGCUGUAUCGGCCUAUUACGUACCCGGUGGGUCGUGGAACUCCGAUGUUGAACUCUCUGGUAAAAUGGGACCAUUCGAUCACCUGGUUCCUGGCUCGUAUGGGUGUUGAAAACAAAUCUGGUGAAACUAUUAUUGAUGUGAAUCUGGGAAAGGAGGACGAUGCUUAUUUGGCAGGACACACGAUAGACGGUCGCGUGUUGUUCCCUGCGACCGGAUAUCUGACGCUUGCUUGGCGCACCUUUGCCAAGAUGCACGGAGCCGAUCUGGAGAAGACACCGAUCGUAAUCGAAAACGCCGUCUUCCAUCGGGCGACUAUUCUGCCGAAGGAUGGCUCGGUGAAGUUCGGAAUUAACUUCUUCGACGGUACGGGCGCGUUCGAGAUUUGUGAAGGAGGAACGUUAGCCGUGUCCGGUAAGUUGGCGAUCCCGGAAAAGAUCGAAGCGGAGGAACUCCCCUUGAACAAGCUCGAAGCUGAUAAGUCGGGCCUGCCGCUGAACAUGAGCGACGUGUACAAGGAGUUGCGCCUGCGUGGUUACGACUACAGCGAUAUGUUCCGUGGCGUGACACGGAGCGAUUCUCGCGCCAAAACCGGCGAUCUGCAGUGGCGUGGAAACUGGGUUAGCUUCAUGGACACGAUGCUGCAGUUCAGCAUUCUCGGAAAGGACUUGCGUGAGCUGUACUUGCCGACACGCAUAGAGAAGAUCGUCAUCAAUCCUGCGCGCCACAUGGACCUUGUGAAUAGUCUGGCAAAGACACAAGGUGGAGACGAUCGUACGAUUCCGGUGUACAUGUACCGGGACAUAAACGUCAUCAAAUCGGGUGGUGUGGAAAUGCGAGGCCUGCGAGCCACACUGGCACCCCGUCGCCAAGGUACGCAGGCUCCACCGACGUUGGAGAAGUACGUGUUUGUACCGAACAGCAACGACAAGGAACUGGCCGAAUGCAACGGCGAAAAGGCACGUCUACGCUCGAUCACGGCUGCUGUCCACGUGGUGAUCGAGAACAGCGCCGGUGCGUUGAAGGUGAAGGUGGUGGAAGCAAGUUUUGAGCGAUCCCCUGAAAACACGAUGGCCGGUAUCGUUCAGGGCAUCAUCGAAGGCGAGCCAACUCUUGCGAGCGACGUAGCGAUCGCGACAAUUCACCAGCCGGACAGCUUGGUACAGCAUUACGGCGAAUCGGGAGUUCGCGUGAUCAACAAGGACAUAGCGGCUGGUCCGAUCGAGCAAAACUGCCAGCUUGCGAUCGCCUACGACACUUUCGGACGGGCGGAUCCUGACACGAUCCUGCGCAACCUGCGAGACUCGAUCAAGGCGGAUGGGUUCGUGCUGCUGGAAGAAUCACGCAGCACUUUCGAUGCCCGAAGCCGGACAGCACUCAUCAAGGCUGGCUUCACCAUCAUCAGCACGCAGGUGUGCGACAAGAAGGUGUUCGUCCUGGCACGUCCGAUCGUGGCGGAUCUGACUCAACGCAGCAGUACGAUCGUCACGAUCACGGAGAGUUCGUUUGGCUGGGUGGACGUGCUAAAGACCGCACUGGCGAAGGCAACGGAAACAGCCACCUACGUGUACAUCGUGUGCCAGGGCGAGGAGCUAUGCGGUGCACAGGGUCUGAUGAACUGCGUCAAGAACGAAGAGGGUGGAAAGUUCGCCCGAUUGUACUUCGUACAGGAUCGUAAGGCAGAGAAGUUUUCGCUGACCGGUGCGCUGUAUAAGGAGCAACUCGCGAAGGACCUAAUCUGCAACGUGUUUCGUUCAGCUAAUGGAGGACCUGCCGUUUGGGGAACGUUCCGACAUUUGCGUCUGGAUAGCCAAUCGAACGCAUCCUCCCUUCCGGUGGAGCACGCGUACAUCAACGCUCUGACGAAGGGUGAUCUGGCCAGUCUGAAGUGGAUCGAAAGUUCAUUGUCGCGAGAACAGCGACCUGAGACGAUGGGUCGCAAUGACCGCACCGAGCUUUGCACCGUGUAUUACGCACCCAUUAACUUCCGCGAUGUGAUGCUGAGCUCAGGAAAACUAGGAGCCGAUGCACUGCCGGGAGAUCUGGCCACCCAGGAUUGCAUCUUGGGGCUGGAGUUUGCUGGACGUGAUUCGACUGGAAGGCGCAUCAUGGCGAUGGUUCAGGCGAAGUCUCUCGCUACCACGUGCGUUGCUCAACGCAACAUGAUCUGGGAGAUCCCGGAUAACUGGACGAUGGAGCAAGCUUCGACGGUGCCAUGUGUCUACUCGACCGUGUACUACGCGUUGAUCAUGCGUGGCCGCAUGAAGCGAGGUGAAUCCAUCCUCAUCCAUGCCGGAUCCGGUGGCGUUGGACAAGCGGCAAUCUCGGUGGCAUUAGCAGCCGGUGUUACGGUUUACACGACGGUCGGAUCGCAGGAAAAGCGUGACUUUUUGAAACGCACGUUCCCGCAACUUACAGACCAACACAUCGGUAACUCGCGCGACUGCUCCUUCGAGCAGCUGGUCAUGCGUGAGACGCAGGGCCGUGGCGUGGAUUUGGUCCUGAAUUCGCUCGCUGAAGAGAAGCUACAAGCAUCGAUUCGCUGCCUGGGACUAAACGGACGCUUCCUCGAGAUUGGAAAGUUCGAUCUCAACAACAACAGCCCGCUCGGUAUGUCCGUGUUCCUGAAAAACACAUCCUUCCACGGUAUCCUGCUCGACAGCGUCAUGGAGGGAGACGAUGCAACGAUAGCGGAAGUCGUGCGGCUAGUAGCGGACGGUAUCGUCAGUGGGGCUGUCCGGCCACUCCCAACGAGCAUGUUCACGGAGCAGCAAGUGGAGCAAGCGUUCCGUUUCAUGGCUUCCGGUAAGCACAUCGGCAAGGUGGUGGUACGCGUACGCGAAGAAGAGAAGGCUAAGGUGGUGAAACCAGUUCCGAAGCUCAUCAACGCGAUCCCACGCACGUAUCUGCACGCGGAAAAGGUUUACAUCCUGAUCGGUGGUUUGGGCGGGUUCGGUUUGGAACUGUCCAACUGGCUGGUAUCGCGAGGAGCUCGCAUUAUUGUACUCACGUCCCGCAGCGGUGUCCGCUCUGGAUAUCAAUCGUUGAUGAUCCGACGUUGGUCGGAACGUGGCGUGAAGGUUGUGAUCGAUACGAACGAUGUCACGACGCUAAAGGGCGCCCAGAAGCUGCUGACGGAUGCUGCCCGACAUGGACCGGUUGGAGGUGUAUUCAACCUUGCCGCCGUGUUGCGGGAUGGACUGCUGGAGAGCUCGAGCGAGGCCGACUUCCGUGCCGUGUGUGUGCCGAAGGUGGAUGGUACGAAGAACCUGGAUGUGGCCACACGUGAGCUGUGUCCCGAUCUCGAUUAUUUCAUUUGCUUCUCCAGUGUGUCCUGUGGACGAGGUAACAUUGGCCAGGUGAACUACGGCCUUGCUAACUCCGCAAUGGAGCGUAUCUGCGAAGCACGACACGCUGUUGGACUUCCGGCCACCGCUAUCCAGUGGGGUGCGAUCGGAGACACAGGUCUGGUGUUGGAGAAUCUCGGAGACAACAACACGGUUGUUGGUGGUACGCUGCCUCAGCGUAUGCCUUCUUGUCUGCAGACGAUGGACGUGUUUAUGCAGCAACCGUGUCCUGUGCUCGCCUCGAUGGUGAUCGCUGAAAAACGCAAGACGGAGACGGGUGGUGUCAGCUUGGUCGGAUGUAUCGCCAAUAUCCUUGGGCUGAAGGACACCAAGAACGUGUCGGAUGGUGCGACACUGGCAGAUCUUGGCAUGGACUCGCUGAUGGGGGCUGAAAUCAAGCAAACACUCGAGCGCAGCUUCGACCUGGUGCUAAGUGCUGCCGAGAUCCGGUUGCUUACGUUCGGAAAGUUGCGCUCAUUCGAGAAGGGUGGUGCGGCAGAAGUUGGAGCUACAGCAGGAGCCGGUGGAGCUGCGGCUGCAACAGGUGGCGCAGGAGCAGGUGCAACCCGUGUGGACGAAGCUGCCGUCGGGGACGGAACGCAGGUUAAAUUCAGCGCAGAAUUGAUGCCGAAGGAGUGUCUGGUGCGGUUGGAAUCGGCAGCACCAGCGGGCAGCAAGGCUCGACCCGUGUUUGCCGUCCACGCUAUCGAAGGCGUCAUUACGGCGCUGAUCCCGCUCGCCCAGUCACUUCCGGUGCCAGUGUAUGGCCUGCAGUGUGUCGAAGCAGCCCCGCUGGAGUCGCUGGAGGUUCUAGCAGCGUACUACAUCAAGCAGAUUCGAACGGUGCAGCCACGUGGUCCAUACACGAUCAUUGGCUACUCGUUUGGUGCGUCGAUUGCGUACGAAAUAGUGGCUCAGCUGGAGAAGAAGGGAGACAAAUGUCAUCUGUUGCUGCUGGAUGGUUCCCCACGGUACGUCAGCUGGUACACGGAGGCGCAGAAGCAGCGAAAUGCCAACGGGGAAGUCGUGCAGGCCGUCGACGAGGCAUACGCGCUGGCGUACUUUGCAAUGGUGUGUGGCCGACUGGACUACGGUCGUACGGCUCACGAGCUCGUGGAGCCCAAAACGUGGGAAGAUCGAGUGGCCAAGUGUGCCGAGAUGGUGCAUGCCAAGGCACCACAGUACUCCCGGAAAUUGCUUGAAACGACGGCCAAGUCCUUCGUGGGUAAAAUUGUUGCCAGCCAUAUGUACAAGCCGUCGUCGAAGAUUAACGCCACGGUGAAGUUGGUGAAACCGACCGAAAACUACGCCAAACUUCAGGGUGACUACGGACUGUCGGAUCUCUGCCAGCAAAAGGUUGAAAUCUUCACCGUGAAGGGCGACCACCGAUCGAUGUUGACCGGGGACUCCAUGAAGCAAAUCGCAACCGUCUUGCAACAGUUGCUGUAAAGCCUUGGGUUAGGUUCUCCAAUAGGGCGUAAGAGGGUUGCUUAACAAGCAGGAACAAAGGCGAAACAAGACCAUCGGCAUAUAAUUUAUUAAACGUUUAUGGUGCUUUCAAUGGACGGGGGCGGCCUUCGUGACAUAGCAGAGCUGAAAUUUGUGAUUUUCCAGUGAUUUAAUUAGAAUUCUGUGCGCUUCUUAAACCCGCUUUCCAAAGGAUGGCUAGAGCCGGGGUUUGAUUGUUCUUAAAUACGCUCAAACAAUCUGCUAGCUUGUAAUGGAGUUCAUUUACUUUCCUUUUUUUCUUUUGUUUCGAGCGGCUUUUCAGCUAUUUUUUGUACAUACACAACUUACAAUGCGAACUAUUCCAUGUGAACUGAAGACGGCAAAAACAAAAAAAAACUGUUUAAUAAAACAUAAGUGAAUUAUCGGACGAAGCACUGCAGGAGAAGGUGGUGGAGAAACAACGCUCUGCCCCCUACUGCAAUAUUCUCUUAGAAGAAGAUUACAUAUAAUGUGAAAUAGCGUGUAAGCGGAUUUCGUUUUGCAUUUAAAAUGCAACUCUUUAGAAGAGAUAUAGAAUUAGCUCACUCAACAAACAACAGACAUUCCACAACAAGGCAGUCUUCAUGAGCCAAUGAGCCACAAGUUAACGAGCAUCACAACUAAAAAAUACUUUUUUUUCUCUCUAUAUAUGUUGCACAUAAGUAUAGACGGAGAUAGCUCCAUACCCAGGUGUACGGUAAAUGCGUAUAUUCUGUAGAUGUGGAGGAAGAAGUAUGACCGGUUUUGUAGUAGUUUGGAGUAAUUCAUAGCAGGAAGAAGUAACGUACUUUUGAAAAAUAAAAAGUAUGUAUUGAAGAGGGGUCGCGGAAUGAAUAGAAGGACAGAGAGGAUGAGAUACGUGGAAUGAAUUUAUAGCGAACGGUUGGUUGUAGAAGGUGUUGAUCAGAGAGUAGAGCAACAGAACAAAACAAAAAGGGACAUCCAGGUUUAGCUGUUAAGAUUGAACAAAUAAAUUUAUCUAUUAACAUGCCUAACACGUGGCAACGCACGUAGCAUAAAGUGACAGAUUGUAAGACAAAUAGUCGAACCUUCGAGUAGUUUCUCGAACCACGGCUCGGGAUUUGCUUUUGCGAAAUGUUUGUCCGUUCUCUCCACGCAAAUGCCCUCCAUAGAAGCACAUAAUCUGCACAAAUCGUCACUUUUGCGAUUGCCCCUUGCCCGGGGGAUGUUUCUUCUGCACCGAGUUACCGGCACCGCAAUGAGCAAAUUUUAACGAACAGCGUGUAGCGCAGCUUCACUCGAAUGUGUGUAUACGUACAUUAGCAACAUGCGAUAACAGGAGGAGCAGAAGGCGUCGGUUCCACGGUUAACAAAAGAUAUUUUAUCCUGUAAAACAUCCCGCAACGGGAACAUGGUAAAGGAACGUUGUAAAUAUAAAAUAAACCACAAUGCAACAGUGAGUGUGCGC